CAAAGUGGGAGGGAGCACUGACACAAUCACAAGCCUCUUCAGGAGAAGUUGGAGCGAUGGGAGGGAACGCUCAGUGCUGCAGCUGGACGGCAGAGCGGCUCGUGUUGUGCCGGCCAUGACGAGAUGCUGCUGGUGACAGCGGCGGUGUCGGAGUGAGAAUGAACGCCUUCAGUAAGUGCUGGGAUGGAUGAGGAAGGUUUACCGUCAGCGCACGGUGCAGUAACACUGAGCUGUUGUGCCUCUGGCUCCGAGAUGGUGUCACCUCUGUGCGCUUUUCCCUCUGCUAUCCGGACAGGGGACACUGGCGGAGAAGUGACACACCGGCGUCGGAAUUUACACAGUUAUCAGCGUGAGAAGAGACGAGCGGAGUAGAGGCGCUGUCAUGGAGAGACCGAGCAGAGUCAAGGAGGAAAUGCAGACAUCGAAGGAGGAGAAGCGCAAAGAGAAGAAGCCGAAAUCUGGGAAGCUGUUCAGGAGGAAAUCGUUAAAGUCCGUGGGGAGCUUUAUGAACAGAAUCAUCAAAACUUUGGGCACUUUGACCCACUUUGGAGACGCUGACGCGCAGGACGCGGAGGACGACGACGGGGGGUUUCGGAAUGGCGCACCUUGCACCCUGAGCGCCGGCUCGGGGAUGAUCAAGGAGGACGUACAGGUGACCUGGGACCGUGUGGUGAAAAACACCUCGAGCACGUCUUCUUCCCUGUGCGCCGGCAGAGAGAAACUACUUUACCAAUACGCAGACAAAAUCCCGGGUGUCCUGGGGCUGAAGAACCACGGCAACACCUGUUUCAUGAACGCUGUGGUCCAGUGUCUGAGCAACACCGACCUGCUGGCAGAGUACCUGGGCCUGGAGCGGUACAAGCUGGACCUGAAUCACACCAGGAUAAACGGGAUGGUGAAAAGUGAUGAGACGCGGUUCGUCAGGGGAGAAGUCACGGAGCAGUUGGCAUCACUUGUCAGGGCUCUGUGGACUCUGGAGUACACCCCACAGCUGUCUGUGGACUUUAAGACGAUAGUGUCCAAGUACGGAUCACAGUUUCGUGGUAACUCCCAACAUGACGCCCUGGAGUUCCUCCUGUGGCUGCUGGACCGCGUCCACGAAGACGUCAACCUGGCGUCCCACAAUAACAACAACAGGACCAAACCUCCUGCAAAGGGCCCCGGUGGAGCUGAGGAGGUGCUGUGUCCCGACCCGUCCCAGACCCAGCAGCCCAGAGUCCAGCACAGCUUCGUCCAGGAACAUUUCCAGGCACAGUACAAAUCUUCACUGACGUGCCCCCACUGUAUGAAACAGAGCAACACCUUUGACCCCUUCCUCUGCAUCUCACUGCCCAUUCCUCUUCGACAGACCAGGUCACUGUGUGUGAUUCUGGUGUUCAGCACCAAAGGACAGAGGUACCUGCGGGUCGGGCUGGCUGUGCCUCUGUUCGGCUCCGUGGCCUGCCUGAGGAGGAUGGUGGCUGACGAGGGGAAAAUCUCCCCAGACCAGGUGAUCCUGACGGAGGUUUACUCCACAGGGUUCCAGCGCUCCUUCUUUGAUGAGGACGAUCUGACCAGCAUAGCUGAGAAUGAUGUCGUCUACGCCUUCCAGGCUCCGCCCCUGUACAUCAGAGGAGGCUCUGCACGCAUCUCAGGUUACCAUCACAGCCUCCCAUCAUCUCCAUACUCCACUGGUCCGGAGGGUCAGAGGUUACCUUCAUCUGGGACGCUGUCAUCAGAGUUCCUCAACCAGGGCGUCCCUGUAAAGAUUCUGCUGUUGGUCUGCAACGCUGCGGGGACGGGCCAACAGGCUGUUAGGUUUGGACCUCCGUUCCUAAUGAGGGAGGAUCGGUCUAUUUCCUGGGACCAGCUGCAGCAGAGCAUCCUCAGCAAGCUGUAUUACCUGAUGAUCAACGGAGCUCAGGCCCAGAACACCAGAGUGCUGUUUAACAUCCGUGUGGUGGGAGGAUCAGCAUUUUACAGCUACCUGUCUCCGCAGGAUGGGCGGCCGCUCUACCACCCUGCUGUCGACAGAGCCCUGAAGCUCUGCAGCUCAGGAGGACCUCCACACGUGAAGCUCAUCAUCGAGUGGGAGCACAGAAUCAAAGACUGCCUGUUUGGUAACAUUCAGGAGGAGGUGGUGAAGGACGCAGACAGCGUGAGGAAUCAGCAGCAGCAGCACGUCCAGCAGUACAGCUGCACCCUGGAUGAGUGCUUCCAUCUCUACACCAAAGAGGAACAGCUUGCCCCAGACGACGCCUGGAAGUGUCCCCACUGUAAGCAGCUGCAGCAGGGCAUGGUGAAGAUGAGCCUGUGGACGCUGCCAGACAUCCUCAUCCUCCACCUGAAGCGCUUCAGGCAGGUGGGGGAGCGGAGGAACAAGCUCACCACGUUCGUACAUUUCCCUCUGGCGGGUCUGGACAUGACGCCUCACAUGGUGAGCCGCAACCACAGCGCCCAUCAGCCACCUCUCCAGCCUGGCUGGAAACAGUCCCGACGACCCGACCUGGCUCCUCCUGACUUCCUGUACGAUCUGUAUGCUGUGUGCAACCACCAUGGAGGGAUGCACGGCGGCCAUUACACAGCCUUCUGUAGGAACUCAGUGGACGGGCAGUGGUACAGUUAUGAUGACAGCAGUGCUGAGCCGGUGCCAGAGGCGGAGGUGUGCACACGUGGAGCCUACAUCCUCUUCUAUCAGAGAAGAAACACCAUACCUCCUUGGUCUGCCAGCUCCUCAGUCACCGGUUCCACCAGCUCAUCCGCGUCUGACCACUGGCUGGUCAGACUGGCAGGGGACAGUAAGAGGGGCAGCGUGGUGUCAGGAGGACCCAUCCCUGGACCUCCAGGGCCCACACAGGCCCCUGAGUCUCCUGAGCUGCCGGUGUUUAGAGAGGAACCCCCCAAAGCAGUAGAAACAAAUGGGUUCGAAGCCAAACCGUUUGUCCGUGGGAGCCAAGGCAGGAGCGUGAGCAUGAGAUCACCAACGAAGCCGAAGGAGCCUCUGAGCAAAGUUCUGCCACUGCGGUGGUCUUUUGGGUCCAAGGACCGCAUCAGACACCCGGCCCAGACCCAGCCUGGAGAGCUGGUGGAGUACCUGGAGUCCGGGCGCCGCCCACGAUGUACCAAAGACCCGAUCAUAACGCUGGUGGCCACGCCACCACAGAGGAGCGCCCAGGGAAGAGCCUUUGAAGUAGGACAGGACUGCAGCUCACCGAGCGGCAGCAGUCUUAGUUAUACAGACAGACCCAGCUCCGACACUUGUUACUCCCCCAAAAUACCAGAGGGACAGAGCAGAGUCUGUCUGGAGAGGAGCAUGAGCCAGGGAGUCUGUAACAGCAGCAGUGUCAAAGUCAGAGAUGAUGGUUCUCUGAGGCAGAGGUCAUCUAAGAGACUGAGGCAGGACCACGGCAGGACCAUGGACCUCCAGAUGCAGCUUCAGAGACAGGCUAUUCUAGGGGAUCACAUCAGCCACAGUGCACCUCCGAGCAGAGACUCCACACUGAGAAGGACCAAGGUCCAGACAGGGCCGACCUCCAGGGCGCAGAAAGACUUUUUACAGAUGACCAUUCAGCCUGAGGACAGGAAGGGACAGAGAGGUCAGGAGGGUCGCAGCCACGACAGCCUCUUGUCUUUUUUCAAACCUGGUUUCAUGAAGAAAGACAUUCCUGGGUCACCAAUCAAGGGACAAGACCGGCGUCUCAACGGCCACGGACAGCUGGGAAAGCUGGCAAACUGUAAUUUAGCCAAACUGUCCCUCUCUAACGGAACGCUGACCACAGCAGCACCAGACGAGAGGAAGGCCAACGUCAUCCCGAGUUGUGACGCCCAUAACUGCAAAGUCCAGCUGCUCAACGGAAAGGCUGGGAUUCAUGACCCUGUAGACAUUAAACGUGCUCACAGCUCCAGUAACAUCCAGACGAGGCUUGAUUUGACAUUUCGCAGGUGUGCCUCGCUGCAGAGGAACGGCGAAAUAAUGGCUCCUCCAGCCCACCGCAUCGUGCUGUCUGACAAGCCCAGCUACGCCACUCUGCAGCGGACACGCUACAGUACCACCUCCCUGGUGCCUCUGUGACAGCCCCGAAUGACUGUUGAACACUAGGACCUCUCUACUGAUUUCUACGCUCGGCACCUAGAAGCUCACAGCAGGAGGCACCGCUGGAAACCAAGUCUAUCUUCUCGCUCCCCUUCAUAGUACUGUUA